AUCAGGUCGGGGCAGCAAGGGCAAGCGUGAGAGGAAGACAGAAAGUGAAUGAAAAAAACGGCAGUAGGCUAAAAAAAACGCAGUCUAAACAUCUAGCUCCCGUCAGAAACGCGCACAUAAGAGAACGACCUCAAGAAAAGUUUUUGAAGCUGAGAAUGAUGACCCAGUUGGAGAUCCCGCUGCAGUAUGACAAUGGAUAUGAGGAAGAGGUGUAUAUGACUCAGGAAGACGAAUGGGAUAGAGACCUUCUAUUGGACCCGGCAUGGGAAAAACAGCAGCGGAAGACAUUUACAGCAUGGUGUAACUCCCAUCUGAGAAAGGCUGGCACUCAGAUUGAGAACAUCGAGGACGACUUCAGGAACGGUCUGAAGCUCAUGCUGCUGCUGGAGGUCAUCUCAGGUGAAAGGUUACCCAAGCCAGACAGAGGAAAGAUGCGUUUCCACAAAAUAGCCAACGUAAACAAAGCUUUAGAGUUCAUCACCAGCAAAGGAGUGAAGCUUGUCUCUAUCGGAGCGGAAGAAAUCGUGGAUGGGAAUGUGAAGAUGACUCUCGGAAUGAUUUGGACCAUCAUCCUCCGCUUUGCCAUUCAAGACAUCUCAAUUGAAGAAACCUCUGCCAAGGAAGGUCUUCUUCUGUGGUGCCAAAGAAAGACUGCCCCGUACAGGAAUGUUAAUGUCCAGAACUUCCAUGUCAGCUGGAAGGACGGCCUGGCAUUCUGUGCCCUCAUCCACAGGCAUCGGCCUGACCUCAUCGAUUACUCCAAACUCAACAAGGAUGACCCUAUGGGGAACCUGAACCUGGCCUUUGAAAUCGCAGAGAAACAUCUGGACAUCCCUAAAAUGCUGGACGCAGAAGACAUUGUGAACACCCCUAAGCCUGAUGAGAGAGCUAUUAUGACCUAUGUGUCCUGCUUCUACCAUGCCUUUGCUGGUGCAGAGCAGGCUGAGACGGCUGCUAACAGGAUCUGCAAAGUUCUGGGUGUCAAUCAGGAGAAUGAGAAGCUCAUGGAGGAGUAUGAGAGGCUGGCCAGUGAGCUACUGGAGUGGAUCCGGCGCACCACUCCGUGGCUGGAGAACCGCACGCCGGAGAAGACCAUGGCGGAGAUGCAGAGGAAGCUGGAGGACUUCCGGGACUACCGCCGGCUCCACAAGCCGCCCAAGGUGCAGGAGAAGUGCCAGCUGGAGAUCAACUUCAACACGCUGCAGACCAAGCUGCGCAUCAGCAACCGCCCGGCCUUCAUGCCCUCCGAGGGCAAGAUGGUGUCGGAUAUUGCCAGUGCAUGGCAGGGCCUGGAGGGAGCAGAGAAGGGGUUCGAGGAGUGGCUCCUGACUGAGAUCCGUCGUCUGCAACGUCUUGACCACCUGGCCGAGAAGUUCCGCCAGAAAGCCACCACACAUGAGACCUGGGCCAGUGGUAAAGAGGAGAUUCUGACCAACAAGGAUUACGAGUCGGCCUCUCUGACGGAGCUGAGAGCGAUGCUGCGUAGGCACGAGGCGUUUGAGAGUGACCUGGCUGCCCAUCAGGACAGAGUGGAACAGAUCGCUGCCAUCGCCCAGGAGCUCAAUGAGCUGGAUUACCAUGAUGUUGCCGCUGUCAAUCAGAGGUGCCAGAGCAUCUGUGACUUAUGGGACCAGCUGGGCACUCUCACCCAGAAGAGGCGGGAGGCGCUAGAGAGGACGGAGAAGCUGCUGGAGACUGUGGAUCAGCUGUUCCUGGAGUAUGCCAAGAGGUCAGCUCCAUUUAACAACUGGAUGGAGGGAGCCAUGGAGGACCUGCAGGACAUGUUUAUUGUGCAUACCAUAGAAGAAGUCCAGACCCUGAUCGCUGCCCAUGAGCAGUUCAAAGCUACUCUGCCGGAGGCCGAUGGCGAGAGGCAGGCCAUUCUGGGCAUCCAGAACGAGGUGCACAAGAUCUGCCAGAGCUACGGCCUGCGCGCCGUCCUCGUCAACCCCUACAGCUCCAUCACCACCGAGGAGAUCAUGGUCAAGUGGGACAAGGUUAAGAAGCUUGUUCCGCAGAGAGACGGGUCUCUUCAGGAGGAGCUGGCCAGGCAGCACGCCAACGAAAGGCUGAGACGGCAGUUUGCUGCCCAGGCCAACCUGAUUGGACCCUGGAUCCAAACCCGCAUGGAGGAGAUCGGGCGCUGCUCUCUGGAGAUGGGCGGCACUCUGGAGGACCAGAUGACCCAGCUGAAGCAGAUGGAGCAUGUGAUCGUCACGUACAAACCCAACAUCGACAAGCUGGAGGGAGACCACCAGCUCAUCCAGGAGUCCCUCAUCUUUGACAACAAACACACCAACUAUACAAUGGAGCACAUCCGGGUGGGCUGGGAGCUGCUCCUCACCACCAUCGCUCGCACCAUCAACGAGAUUGAGACCCAGAUCCUGACACGAGACGCCAAGGGCAUCAGCCAGGAACAGAUGCACGAGUUCCGCUCCUCCUUCAACCACUUUGACCGGAAGAAGAAUGGUGCCAUGGACACUGAUGACUUUAGAGCCUGCCUGAUAUCUAUGGGCUAUGACUUGGGUGAGGUGGAGUUUGCUCGGAUCAUGAUGCUGGUUGACCCCAAUGCCACUGGGCUGGUGUCCUUCCAGUCCUUCAUCGACUUCAUGACCAGAGAGACAGCAGACACAGAUACAGCUGAACAGGUCGUAGCGUCCUUCAGGAUCCUGGCUGCUGACAAGGCUUACAUCCUGACGGAGGAGCUGCGGAGGGAGCUGCCCCCAGACCAGGCCGAGUACUGCAUCAUGAGGAUGCCCCCCUACGCUGGGUCAGGCGCGCCCGCCGGUGCCCUCGACUACACCGCCUUCUCCACCGCCCUCUAUGGAGAGAGUGACCUUUAACCCCUAACUCGGCAUCUUCAACCCCUCCACCCUGACCCCAUCUGUCCCCUCUGCCCCCCAUGAAGGCUCCUCCACACUCUGGAGGCCUGUCCGCUUUUGAGAGAGAUAUCUGGAUAGCCAGAUGCACCAAGGUUCAUGAGUAGCUUGUUUCUCCGUAUUGUCCACUUAAUGCUAAUGGUUGAGGUUAAUGCGUAUAUCAUUUGUGUGCAGUACCCAAGUUGAUUUCAUUGUUCUAGGCUUACGGAACGAAAUGAUCUCACAACGUAAUACAAUAAAACUGUUUUCCAUUUUUAAUAAACAUUACACUACGCUCAGGAAGACGCGCCUGGGCUGUACAGGUGGAGGCACACAGAUUAGUAGACGAUGCUCUUACUAAUCCGGUCCACACUCUUCACACGACAAGCAAACAUUCAUUUUUACAAAUCUCCACCCAGUGCCUCUUAGAUCUUCUAGUAGAGCGUGCAUUUAGAUGAGUGUGUCCAAGAAUGUGCAAGACUGUCAUCCACAACAGUUUUUAAUUGUGACAAGUUGCUAGAUCAUUUUCUGUUUUGAAAGGCGUUGGACAAUUUUUACAGUAUACUCCUGGGGAUUAUGUGUUUGGAUGGAUAAUGCCUCCCUAAUACCAGUUUUGUAUUGGAUCUGCCUUUUAGGACAUCAUAGAUAUAUAGAACCAAAAUUAGAGAGUAAGUCUGCAUUUGCUAAUAUAAAUGUUCAGUUACCAAUUGUGGGGGAUGUAUUUGCAGCCACAGUAUAUUACAUAUCUUUUUCUGAUUUGCACAUAUUUGGCUUCUUGUACUCAGCUUCAUGUCAAUACUGCAUUAUGCAACACAGUCUCUCUUUUGCAGAAACGCUCCUGUGCCAAUUCUAAACCUGAGAAUGAAUCCAAAAUUAUUCUUCGUGUUUGGGCUAAUUUAGUGAUAUUGUUAUCCAUUGCUUUCUUGCACUGGUUAGCUGAAGAAGGUGUUUCGCCUCACAAGUGUGUUUUAAAACAGCUCGGAAGACAAAUUGUUUUGAUUGCCUACACAAAAAAUAGACAGUUGUGGUGCUUUUAAGAAAUGAAGACUUAUGAACUAUUUGGUUUUAUUAUGUAUAAUUGAUGAAGCUGCUAUGGAUAUUCUGUGCCAUUUAGAUGCUAACUUAUUGCAUAAUGUAGCUAUUUUGCAGCUAUUUCAUAGCCUACAUUUGGAAAGAAAUGUAUUAGUUAAUAGUCUUUUUAAAUGCACCCUGAGUCGUUCACUCUGAACACUGCACAUUUGUUGCUCCCCCCCCCCCCCCCCCCCCCCACCCCAAUUUCUAUUAGCAAGAUUAAUGGCAUCAUGACACCAUCAUAAGAUAUGUUAUUUCCCUCCCAUCGCCUUUCAUCUAAUAAAGUUGUUACAGCCCCUAUUA